GGAGAACGGUCUCUUCUAUCAUGAUAGUUGUGUUAAUUUAUUGGAUGAUAAUUCUGGCAUCACUAAACAAAUAUAUAAUGGUGUUGCUCAGAAAAGAGCAGUGCAAGUGAAUAUCUGCUAAUAUUACUGAUGUUGGAAGCAUUUGCCUUGAUCUGGCACUUUGGAGAUGCUGUAGAUAAAGUCCACAAUGAGCAUUUCUAGGUGGUAGUUACCUGGCGGUACAGCAGAGUUUGUUUUGAUGCAGUGUAGGGGAAGGUGUGUGAUUUAGUCACAAAGCAGUGGCACGCAUGCUGCCUUGCCUGCACAUUACUCUUGUGCUGCCGUUCUUGUUUUUUUUCAGUGUACCUGUACAUGGGACCAUCACAUCCUCUGCGACUCUUUUUCAGCUCCUGUUUUUAGGCAUGUUUUCCAUACUUCUUUCCCUUCCCAUGCCCCCCCAGUCUUUGUAUAAUGCAAAGUAAUUCUGUUGCCUUGUAUUAUUAUUCCCUGCCUCUACCCCCCCCCCCCCCCCCCCAACACACACAACUUAAUUUCCUUCUGAUAUCCCAGCGUUACUUAUUUUCCACUUAUUAGUUCCCUGUGUUGUAGGAAAUAGCUUUUUCUCGAGACACUCUACGUUCUCCUUUGAAUGUUGUAUGGUUGGCUGCUUUUUAGGAACUAUUGUGUGUUGCCUUUGCCCUUAGUGAUGAUGGCGGUGCUGCUUGGUUAGGAGUGUGCUGUUUUCUGUAUAAAUACUGAUAAUGCUAAACAAUAUGCUAGUAUCUCUUUCUUAUUUUUUUUCUCAACAGGCUGAUCUCUAUUUGUAGUGUUUUAUUUCUCUUUUUACUGCCGAUGUGCCACUUUCUAUUUCUUUUCAUUUGUCUGAUAGUAGUGUGAAGGCCCCUGGCAGUGUUGUGCAGUUGAGGACUUCGGUCUGUUCUGGUUAACCACUGCUGAUUUUCCUUUUGUACAGGCCAUCCAGACAUAUCUUCUGCUUUCUUUUUCUGUUCAGGAGGCUCGAUCAGUUCUAAUGAAGCAAGUAGGGGAAUUCUGUUACUGAUUGCAGUUGGAGUUGGGUCAGGUUUGAAUUAUGUAACUUCCCAAAAGUUGGGGUGCAGGGUGUUUUUUAAGGAGUGUGAUUGCACGAGUUAGGGGUAGGGCAACUUAAUUUGUAUACUGUAGAUCUCUUUGAAAAUGUACACUUGUGUGUUCUUUGGCUGCUCUGUAGGAUGAGCUGAGUUUGAAAAUGCAACUCACAGGGAAAUCUGUGAGCAGGGUUCUAUCUUAUGUGAAGGGGAAGCGUAGGCCGCACCCCCAGAGAGCCACACCAUUCUGUGGGUAAUUGGGAGCGCCACAGUGGGCUUUGUCUGUUGCCGCAGUUCAAGGAAUUGAAAAUUGAUGUUCUCUCCUAAACAAGUUCUUAAGCAGUGACUUUCUGAUAGCUUGUUUUUAAGCGUUCAUUAAUAUAAUGAAAUACUAAUUAAAAAAAUUCUUUGGUUUUAGUAGUAAGACAAAGGCUAACAUUUCUGAAGAGAUUCCAGGGGAAUAGAUCUCAAGUUGGUUGCGUGUUCCAGGCUCACGGGUCUUGAUGCUUAAUUUUCCAAUAGCUGAAUGUAGGUUGACUGAAGCACUUGCAUGUUUUAUAUGUGAGGUUUCAGUAGGGUCGUGUGCUCCUUGCAGGUAUGUUAAUUGAUGACCAGCUGCCUUUGAAUACUGUGGUAUUCUAAAGUGGGUUUGUAGCGAGGUUCUGUACUUAAAUAUUUUGGGGAUGAUGGCCUCUUUAAGUAAAAUCUUCAAACUUAAAGCAAUACAAACAUCUAAUAAAGGACUGCAAGUGAGGAGGAAGUACCUGGUUAGAAACAUAAUGUGUAAUAAAAGGAAAUGCUUUGGAAUUACUGAGUUGGAGAGGGAGGAAUUUAGGCACCAAUUGUCCAACCACGGGAGCUAAUCUGAGUUAGAUAUCUCUUUUUUGUGUAGCUGGCUAUCAGGAGGAGAGCUUCUUAAAGCAUAAGGCCUUCAAACUGAUUAAGUAUGAAAAAAAUCUGUUGUUUCUACUGUUAGAUUCUUGUCAGGUACUCAGGGAUAAUCCCUGAUUUCUGGAGUGUAUGUAGCAAAGAAAUAGCCAUGGAGUGCUGCUGUAAACAAAAUGAGGAAAGAGGUUGUAUGGGAACUGUUGAGUCAUGGCCUGAACCACUGAUUGAGCACCUGGGAAAGGACCCGGUUAGCUCUGAGAGCACAGGUGAAGGCAGUUAGCUUGUGUGACUGGAAGGGGUGGAGCCUGGCUGCACCUCUCAGACCCCAUUUAAGGACUGACUGCCGCUGUGGAAUGAUCUCUUCCUGGAGAUCUCUCCUUAGUGGAGCUUUUUCCUGCUAACCUGGAAUCUUCUGAUAUAGGCAAGAAAUCUUCUUCCCUUCCUUCAUAGCACUUUUCUAUUGUGCUGAUCCUCCUGUCAUUACACCUCUGGUGAAACACCUUUUUCUGUCAUAUUGAUCUGUCCAAUUGCUACAGAGGUGACUGCUUUUAAAAUUUGUGUUGCCAUUUAUGUUGGCACGGAAGGAACAAGAACGUAUGUAUGUUCUGUAUGGAGGGAAAAGUGUUAAUUAAUCCUGAAAAACAAGGCUUGCUACUUUGAAAGAGGUUUUAAGCCAGGUAAAGUUAAACUUCAGGUAAAGUUAAACUUAAGGUGUGCUGUUCCUAGAUGAUAUGGUUGUCAUCUGUUAGGCAUCUUGUGCGAUGAAACACAUCUCUGAAAUGUGGAGUUCUGUACAAGUUUACUGUUAAUGUCAGUUUGUUGUUCAAUAGCUUUGUGGUUGUUACCUGAGACUGAUUUUCUUAAUAUUUGAAAUGGUUAAUGGUUAAUUUCAAUAUCCUGUCUGAUGCUGAGACAGAUUCUAUAGUACGUUGCUUACUAUGUCUUAUAGCUCUGAAUUCUUAAUCCUAUUCAUAUUUUGAUUUUAUGGUUCUUCAAUAUUCUUCUUGUUUUAGCUCUUGUCAGUAAACAGAUGAUUAAUACAUGGCCUCAGUUCCUUCCUCUAGUGAAGUCUGAAUGCUUGUGUGUCAGAUCCCAGUGGAAUUCUGGUACCAUUGGGUUUGGCUGCCUUGACAGGUCGUGGCACAGUCAUGCUGCACCUUGUCCAUCCUUCAUUCAUACUCUCAGGGUAAUCAAAAGUACUUGUCAAUAAAUCAUCUUCUAGAGCUUGAUGGAGUCUUCUUUCAUUCUCUUUGUGCCUUUUAUCAUGCUGCAACUUAAUAAAAGAGUGCUGACUGCGUAUCCAUGGAGUCCGCGGGACCUCGUGCCUGUCUUGCUAUUACUGCUUGUCAUUGUUCUCAGUGAGUAUAGUUUCGAGUUAUGGAGUGCUUGGCAGCAUGAAUGUGGAAAAAUGUUUGUUUCCCGUUGUUCUGUGUUGAUUUGACUAAAGGGGGGGGGGGGGCGACACUUAGAUGUGUUUUGUGAUAGAAGCAAGAAAAGUAGAGUCAUUGCAGUCUUUUUCAUUUAGUAGAAGUUGUUGGGUUUUCUUUUCCUUAGCUGUACACCUGCAAAUGCAUACUGGUCUGUUGUAUAUCUGGUGAGGUAGUUGCUAUCUUGUGUGAAUUUGAUAUUUUAUAUCCUGGAGGAAUCUAUGCAGCCUUGUUGCCUCCAUUCAAGCUCUUCUGAUUGUUCUUCUGUUUUGGAUUUUUUUCUACCAAGCCUUCAAAAAAGUGCUAAUUGUAUGGAGGAGUCAUGUGACUUACUACCUGCAGGCCAGAGCAUUGUGGAUUUGAUAGUUAUCAUCCCCAGCAGUCCCUGUAGGCUUGUUUUCUCCCAGUUUUGUAAUUAUUUACUCUUUAGAUCUGUGUCAUCACCAUUGUGGUGCAUCACCUGAUAAGCCAGUGGUGUCAGAGCUGCCAUUAAAGUUCCUGAGAGUAAUGUAGCUCCUCCAAGUGCAGGUCAGCUAGCUUUAGUCUGGAGAAUUGUCAAAAUCUAAGCUAUUUUCUCUUAGAUCAUUUUAACUUUUCCGAGACAGGAGGUGAAACAUACUGCUUGGUCAGCAUGAGGUCAGUAUUGCUUUGUGUUGUAAGAGCUCUCAAAUGGUUGUAUUCAGGAGCUGUUUCUCUCAAAUGGUUGAGAAUGUGGGGUUGGAAUGAGCACAGUAUGGCUGAAAGGCUUCAAAGUGUAGGGGUGCUUUACCUCAAGAGCAGCCUGCACUCUUGAGGGCAUUCCACAAAGUUUGUUUCAGGGGAUGUGUGUGCUCUGGUGGCUUGCUUCUAUCAGUGCAGUGAGAAUCUCUUGGUAGUAAGAAAACCCUUCCUGAUGGGGAGGAGGAGGAAGCGAACAAUACAUUUCAUGGAAAUUCUGCACUGAAAGGCUAAAAGAAAAUGUGUUUGCAUAAGAAAGUAGCUCAAGCUGCAAAGAAUGCGAAGGGAUUGUUCUUGCGAGGUGGAGACACCAUUUUUUGUAGCUGGGGUUGUGCGAAACUUUUUUUUUUGUAGGAAGUAUUGAAAGAUGCGUUUAAAGAAUGCUGGAAGAUUUAAUACUGCUUUUUUUUUUUAAGAGUAUGGAUGUGGAGUUGCAGCACGAAGGCAGAAGUUUGAGUGCUGGAAAAUAAAUCAUGGCUGUAUCUCUUCCCUUCCUGCUGUCUUCCUUGCUGGCAGUUCUGGUCGGGCAGGAUACCUGUGAGAGGUACAGCUACUCUGGAAGAGUUUGCUCUGUGUUUACUGCCAGCAUGCAGUGUAUGUGUAAUAUAUCACCCUUAGAUGAAAAAAGCAGGAAGCUCCAUAACUUGACCAUUAUCUGAUGAAGACUCUUAGCUUUUAAUCCUUUGCUUUCUGAAUUGCUGGUUCCUUGUUUUACUGCCCAUGUGAUGUUUAGAGGAAAAGUUUCUGUAGUGUGAUUUGUUGAUUCUUUAUGUAAUCCAUGCUUACGAAUAUCCCUACCCACUUGCUUCAGUGAAUGGAUUAUGACAGUGAAAUCUUACUGGAUCUUCAGUAUUGGCUUUUGUUUUUUUUGCCGCCUCAGUGAAGUAGGAAGUCCUGCCUUAACAUUGGAGGAUGCAGAAUGAAGGUUCUUAGACUGCACUUCAAAUGUAUGGUAAUUUCAUUUGGUGCUGUUUCCACUGACUGAAGUGAUUCAGGCUUUCUGCCUGUUUACUUUCUGUUGUCCAGGGCCAGAUUUACUGGGACAAACAAAGCCCUCUAUAGAUAUACCUACAGAAUGUGAAGGGCUGGGAAAGCAGCGCUACCUACUGUAACAAAUCACUGGAGUUAGUGUUCAGCAAUGUAUAAACCCUUGAAGUACAGUGUGAGAGCAGAAGGUCUUGUGAUAUCAAACCAAGUUAGUGCCAAACUUUAGUUUGUUUGCAGACUGUAAACAUUUGCAGACAAACAAUGCUACUGUUUAACUUGUAGUUGCUGCUGCCUCAGUUCUGAGGAGCAGAAGCUUGAGGUGAUCUGUAACCCGAUGGUUCUGCAAUUACGAGUGACUUAGUGCAGGAGGCCAUGCUUCACAUCUUUCCUGCUCCAUCUUGGCUCUCCCAGAGCUGUCUGUUCACACUGCCUUGUGCCUCAAAAGCUCAACUGUUCUGUUUGAGGGCAUCUCAUUUGUAGAGGAAGGUAACACGCUGGUUUUCAGAUGUGCAGAUGGCCUCAUCUGGCAUGCUGGGUCCCAGAGAUGCUGUCCGUAGAGCAAUGGAAAGAGUGGAAUCAAUCUCCUCUUUCAGAGUGAGCCUACACAUAAGUGAUUGUUUUUAACAAGACGUGGUUAUUAAUGAUGAUGAAGUUACUGCCUACAGGCUGUGGUGCUAUAUGCCUGUGUCUGGUAACUGUUGAAUGACGGCCUGAACCACUGAUUGAGCACCUGGGGAGAGGACCCGGUCAGCCCUGGGAGCACAGGUGAAUGCAGUUCACCUGAGUGACUAGAAAGGGUGGAGCCCAGCUGCACCUCUCUUAGACCUCACUGAAGGUCUGACUGCCACUUGGGAAGGAUCUCUUGUUGGAGAUCCCUCCUUGGUGGAGUCUUUCCUGUGAACCUCGAUCUUUGGAGAUGGGCGAGCACUGUUAUUUUACCUUUGAAGUACCAGCCUAUCUGCUCUGGUCCCUUUGUUGUUAUGCUCCGGUAUUGCCCUUCCACUGUGUUAAUCUUUCCCAUUGUAACAGCCUGCAGUGUUUUUAUUUUAGUUCAGUUUCUUCCCUGUUUUCCAACAAAAGCAUAGCUUAUCAAAUGCAGUUCAAAAGCGUGUUUGAAGGGGAAGGGGUGUGGGGUGUGGACUAGGCUUAAAAAUUCUGGGCCUUAAGUGGGCUGUUUUGGUGUUUGUCAGACUGCUACAUAAACGGAGCACUUUGUAGUGGCCGCAUACCCAGAGGGACUGUUAAAAGUCCCCGGGGAAGUAAGAGGAGGGACUCUUCCUUUUUUUUUUUUUUUUUUUACAAAUAAGUACUAUAGCACAGCUGUGUUUUAAAUGCUGUUUCUGAGGCUUUCUUUCCACCCAUCCUUCAGGAAGGACACAGGAGAAUUGCGGACCAUACGGACAAGGCAAUAAACAUAACCAGUCAUGGAAUGACUCAGAUAUGGGGCAGCAAGUCUCAAAUUGAAAAGACGGGGGGGGGGUUACCAUGGAAGUGUGUAAAAUCAUGAGCUCCUUAGCAUUAUUAACUAGAUAAUUUGUUAUCUCCAUAGAAUUAUUGGGAGCAUCAACUGCAACAAGUACUUGAAACUGUAGAACAAAUGAAUGAACUUUCUUUCCAUGUGUUGUGCUUGGAACUCAAGUUGUGACUUGCAGAAUAUUUUUGAUUCUAGAAGUUCACCUGGAUUCAAAAUAAAAACAGAUUUUUUUUAAUUUUUAUUUUUUGUAGGCCUUGACAUUGUCUUUUUGCUUUAGUAGUUCUUGUACUGCAAAUUGUUGAAGUCUGCAAUAGAACAGAAGUGUUCGUCUGCAUGCUGACCUGCCUCUUCCAGUCUUCCACGGGCUUCUGCUGCUGUGGGAAGCAGGAUACCAAAUGGAGUGAGCUUUGAUCAGACCUGAGGAUGCCAGCCCCCAUCAGACUGCGGGAGCUGAUCCGGACCAUCCGGACAGCAAGAACCCAGGCAGAAGAGCGUGAGAUGAUUCAAAAGGAAUGUGCUGCUAUCCGGUCAUCCUUCCGAGAGGAAGAUAACACAUACAGAUGCAGAAAUGUGGCAAAGCUGCUGUAUAUGCACAUGCUGGGAUACCCUGCACAUUUUGGACAGUUGGAGUGCCUCAAGCUCAUUGCCUCUCAGAAAUUCACAGACAAGCGCAUUGGGUAUUUAGGUGCCAUGUUGCUGCUGGAUGAGAGACAGGAUGUCCAUCUUCUUAUGACCAAUUGCAUCAAGAACGACCUUAACCACAGCACGCAAUAUGUGCAGGGGCUGGCACUCUGCACUCUUGGCUGCAUGGGCUCCUCAGAAAUGUGCAGAGACCUUGCAGGAGAGGUCGAAAAGCUCCUCAAAACAUCCAACUCCUAUCUUAGGAAGAAGGCAGCACUGUGUGCUGUUCAUGUUAUUAGAAAGGUGCCUGAACUUAUGGAGAUGUUCCUGCCAGCCACCAAAAACUUGCUGAAUGAAAAGAACCAUGGUGUUCUACACACAUCAGUAGUCCUCCUCACAGAGAUGUGUGAGAGAAGCCCAGACAUGCUUGCACACUUUAGAAAGAACGAAAAGCUCGUUCCCCAAUUAGUUCGUAUUCUGAAGAACCUUAUCAUGUCUGGAUAUUCACCAGAGCAUGAUGUGUCUGGGAUCAGUGACCCCUUUCUGCAGGUGCGAAUCCUGCGGUUACUAAGGAUUCUAGGACGAAAUGAUGAUGAUUCUAGUGAAGCAAUGAAUGACAUACUUGCACAGGUUGCUACUAAUACAGAAACAAGUAAAAAUGUGGGAAAUGCCAUUCUCUAUGAAACUGUGCUGACUAUUAUGGACAUAAAAUCUGAGAGUGGACUGAGAGUGUUAGCCAUUAACAUCCUAGGCCGUUUCUUAUUAAACAAUGACAAAAAUAUUAGAUAUGUGGCUUUGACAUCAUUGUUGAAAACUGUGCAGACAGACCAUAAUGCAGUACAGAGACAUAGAAGCACAAUUGUGGACUGCCUGAAAGAUCUGGAUGUCUCCAUUAAAAGGCGCGCAAUGGAACUGAGUUUUGCUCUUGUUAAUGGGAACAAUGUUCGUGGAAUGAUGAAGGAGUUGCUGUAUUUCCUAGAUUCGUGUGAGCCAGAAUUCAAGGCAGACUGUGCAUCUGGAAUAUUCCUUGCAGCAGAGAAAUAUGCUCCUUCCAAACGCUGGCACAUAGACACAAUCAUGAGAGUCUUAACAACGGCAGGAAGUUAUGUUCGUGAUGAUGCUGUUCCCAACCUGAUCCAGCUGAUAACUAAUAGUGUGGAGAUGCAUGCCUACACUGUGCAGAGACUCUACAAAGCCAUCCUUGGUGAUUAUUCUCAGCAGCCACUGGUGCAAGUGGCCUCGUGGUGCAUAGGAGAGUAUGGUGAUCUUCUGGUGUCUGGUCAGUGUGAAGAAGAGGAGCCAAUACAGGUAACAGAGGAUGAAGUUCUUGAUAUUUUAGAAAGUGUUCUGAUAUCUAAUAUGUCUGCAUCUGUUACACGAGGCUACGCUCUCACUGCCAUUAUGAAGCUUUCCACAAGGUUCACCUGCACUGUCAAUCGCAUUAAGAAGGUAGUUUCCAUUUACGGCAGCAGCAUUGAUGUGGAGCUACAACAGAGGGCAGUGGAAUAUAACGCACUAUUCAAGAAAUAUGAUCACAUGAGGCCAGCCCUGCUUGAGAGAAUGCCGGUAAUGGAGAAAGUCACCACCAAUGGCCCUACUGAGAUUGUACAGACCAAUGGAGAGACAGAAACAGCGGUACUGGAAACCAAACCUCCACACUCUGGAUUGCAGCCUGGUAGCCAGGCAAAUGAUUUGUUGGACUUGUUGGGGGGGAAUGAUAUAACACCUGUAAUCCCCACUGCACCUACAAGCAAGCCAGCCUCUGCUGGUGGGGAGCUCCUUGACCUACUGGGAGACCUCAAUCUAACAGGUUCCCCAGUAUCUGCCCCUGCACCCCAGAUAUCACAGCCUCCAUUCCUGCUUGAUGGACUGUCAUCACAGCCUCUCUUCAAUGACAUUGCUGCAGGAAUCCCUUCAAUUACUGCAUACAACAAGAAUGGGCUGAAGAUUGACUUCAGCUUUGAGAGGUCAAACACCAACCCCAGUGUCACUGUAAUCACAAUACAGGCCUCCAACAGCACAGAGCUGGAUAUGACAGAUUUUGUUUUCCAAGCUGCAGUACCAAAGACGUUCCAACUGCAGCUUCUGUCUCCUAGCAGCAGUGUCAUCCCUGCAUUUAACUCGGGGACCAUUACACAGGUCAUUAAAGUUCUGAAUCCACAAAAGCAACAACUACGUAUGCGGAUCAAGUUGACAUAUAAUCACAAGGGCUCAGCAAUGCAGGAUCUAGCAGAAGUCAACAACUUCCCCCCUCAGUCUUGGCAGUGAGGCUCUGGCACCGUUCUUAUUCUCACCCCACCCAAUCAAAAGAACUCUGGGAAGAAGGUUGUGAUCCUUGGCAGUCCCCUAAACUGCACCAUGGGCAUGGGGAACAGAUGAGACCUGCUGAUGAGGAGGAAUUUUCCUGAAGUGAUUGCUGACUUUGAAGCAUAUCUGUUAAGACUAAUCUCCUCUCCUCUGCUGAUGAGGCUGGUGGCUUGUGGAGGCUACUCCGCACUCCCUCACACAUGCAUUCACAGCCAGAAGCAACAUUCCCUCCCUUCCCUGCCUCUCUACCCCCAAAGAAGAACAGCCUGGUUGGAAGAGAAGUCUGGAAUUUCUUGCAGGGAAACUUUCUAUCUCUGCAGCAAGUGAACAACUGCCCCUUCUUUCUGCUGUCUUUUUUUUUCCCUGGGAUGGUCAAGGUGUUUUCAUUCAUCACUAGCUGGAUUAUCUUCAGGCACUUUCAUCUGGGGCUCAGAAUGGGAACUUGGAGAAUUUUAGGUCGCCUUGCCUCUUUCUUACUGUAUCCUCCAUGCCUAAAGGGGCCGGAGGCUUUUUUUGGCCUGUUCAGUGCAUUACUGUAUACACACCUGUUAGUUAUGUGAUACAUACCAAGAGCAAGUCAGGCCUUGGGACUUCAUCUACAAACCUGGAACAGUGCAGGAAAGAGGUGCCGGUGAGGCUGAUAAAAUUGCAUUGGUGCUGUACUUGGAAAUGAAGACCUUACACUUGAAUUUUCUUUCUUUCCAUUGGUGGCUGCAGCUGUACAGAUUCAGUCUUCUGUAGCUUCCCCAGAAAGUAUGGUGAUGUAUAAGAGAUGUAGUGAUCUAAGGAGCAGCUGGUUUUUUACCACAGUUAAUUUCAAAGCCUUUUGACCCAUUAGUUGCGGUUUAUGGUAAGAAAAGACACAUUCAAUUUUGUAGAUCAGUCUUUGAGCAAAAGCUCUGUUGCCUGCUGGGAUACUCAUUGGAGACUAUGCUGCAGAGUUGUUCUUCUCAGUUAUUCCAGACUUUCUCCCCAGUUUAAUUUCCAGAGCCUGUUGUAGACUCCCUGGAUUCCAUUUGAUUUACUUCUGACUGGGAUAUUUGUGUUGUAUCUGUAACAUUGGCACUGAAAUAAAGACCAUGCGGUUUAAAGAGA